AUGGGGUCGCAGAUUGACUCGCAAGACGAGUUCACGGUGCUCGUCACCGGCUUCGGCCCCUUCAAGGCCCAGUACCCCGUCAACCCCUCCUGGGAGAUCGCCCGCUCCCUGCCGACCUACCUCCCGCCCCUCCGUGCCAAGAACCCGAAAGACCACCCUUCGACCUCGUCAUCGUCGCCCGCCCGACCCCUCCCGCCCGUUCGGAUCCUCGUCCACCCGGAGGCCAUCCGCGUCAACUACCAGACCGUCCGCGCCCUCGUCCCGCAGCUCUGGGACCCGGCGACGCACCCGCGCAUCGACGCCGCCGUGCACAUCGGCAUGGCCGGCCCGCGCCUGUUCUACUCGGUCGAGCGCCGCGGCCACCGCGACGGCUACGCAUUCCCGGACGUCGACGGGAACCGGCUCGGCGACGAGGAGCGCCGCCGGGAGGAGGGCGACGGCUGGGUGUGGCAUGGCAUGCCGCCCGAGAUCGAGACGGGGCUGGAUCUGGAGGAGGUGCUGGCGCGGUGGAGGGGGCACAGUCCUGAGGGCUCCGACCUGCGGAUAUCGGAAGACGCGGGCCACUACCUGUGCGACUUCAUCUACUUCUCCAGCCUGUCGCUCCUCUGGAAGGCGCAGAAGCACCGCCGGGUGACGUUCCUGCACGUCCCCUCGGACGCGUCGGAGGAGUCCGUCGCCCGCGGCACCGAGCUGACCCUGCAGCUGAUCCGGUCCAUCGUGGAGAGCGAGCUGCGCCGGCGGGGCGAGGCGGCGGCGGAAACGGCGGUCCGCGGGGACGAGGUCGUGGCCGCGGACGACAGGAUUGCGGUCGAGCUGCGGGUUUGA